UAUGAGUAAAGGUGACAAGUCUCAAAACAUUUUUGAUUAUAAGGCUGAAACUCUUGACCAUUGGAAACAAACUAUUGAAACAUUAUAAUUAUCAAUCCAAUUCGAUGUAAAUAUCUUCAAUACAUAUAGGAUAAAUACAAAUUCAUUGCUCCAACUCUUAUUGAAUAUGUUUUGGCCACUCUUCAAUUAAUGAUACAAGUCAAAGGUCAAUAUAGUGAAGAUAGUUUCAUUAUUGCUUUAUCUAAAUAUGCAGUAUCACAUUAAUCUCAUUUAAGGAAUUCUAAUAAAAAAAUGUUAAGAAGUUUAUGACUUCAUUUAUCAAUUCAUUUUAAUUAUUACUCAAAGGAAAUCAAGAGAUAUGUUAUUUUACUAUAAUGUUGAGUCCUACUGAAUUAGUCAAAGCAAGUUCUGAUCAAUUCUCAUUUUACCUCAAAUUAAGAAAAUAUAUUUAUGCCAACUUUAUUAAUGAAAGAGAAACUAAAGUUAAACCAUUAAAUUUUGGUAUAUAUUCUAAAUAAGUAUUAUAGAUUAAUGGGUUUCUGUUGUUUCUAAAUAAAUGGAUAAUUCUGCCAUCAGUCUUAUUGGAAAUAGAAUUCGAGAUGAAGCUGAUGAAAAAUCAAAAGAUAAAAUUCUUAAAAAUAAGUAAAUUUAUAUUAUUAAUUAAUUACUUAGUGUAAGACCAUUUGAUUUACUUAUUUAUUGUUAUGAAUUAUAAUCAUAAAGACUAUAAUAACAACCAUAAUAAAGAUAAAUAGCUACAUUUUCACCUUCAUAACAAAAUGAUGAAGAAUAACCAUAAAAAUAAACUGUUUAACCUGUAUAAUAAUAAUAACAAAAAUAAAAAUAAUAAAAAUAAUCUGAUCUCUAGGCUAAAAUGAAAGAAGUAGUCUUAAUACAUGAAAAUCUUGCUUCUAAUUAUAAUAAAUUAGCUAUAUUUGCAUAAUAAACAUAAGCAAAACUUUCUAAAGCCUUAAAUCAAGUAAUAUUUAUUUAUAUUUUAGAUUAAAUAAGGGUAACAAUUAGAUGAAUCUGAAAUAUAAGAAUUACAAAAUAUAUUGAAGUUUAAAGAUUUCCUAUAAACUGAUCCAGAAUUAACAUUAAGAAAUAGUGGAAUUUAUGAAUUUUUUUGA